AAACGUCAAGUGUUGAAAUGAAAACAUGUAUCUUGUUCUUGCACGUGCAAUUUAAUUAAUUGAUUUGUUCUUAUUCUUAUACUUAUAAAGAAAUGUGUAAAUAAAACUAUUACAAAAUGUUGAAACCAAAAGACUUAGUUGACAAUCUUCCGGGAUUUGAAGCCGUUGAGAAAAAUGAAACAACCGAGAAAGAAGCGCACGAAAAUAAAAAGAAAAAGAAAGGAUCUGGUGGUUUUCAGUCGAUGGGAUUAAGUUUUCCAGUUAUCAAAGGAAUAACCAAAAGAGGUUACAAGCAACCGACACCUAUACAACGAAAGACCAUACCCAUUGCCUUAGAAGGUAAAGAUGUUGUUGCCAUGGCUCGGACAGGAUCUGGCAAAACUGCUUGCUUUGUUUUACCUAUUUUAGAGAAGCUAUUAUCGCCUUCUCACAAAGCCCAGCCGGGAAAGAAUCUUCGAGCUUUAAUUUUAUCACCAACAAGAGAAUUGGCUUUACAGACUUUAAGAUUUGUGCGAGAACUGGGUAAGUUUACUGGACUGACAUCUGCGGCAAUUCUUGGUGGAGAAUCAAUAGAGCAACAAUUCAGCGUGAUGUCGGGCAAGGCACCGGAUAUUGUAGUGGCUACUCCGGGGCGCUUCCUACAUAUAUGUAUUGAAAUGAGCCUGAAAUUGGACAACAUUAAGGUUAUGGUAUUUGAUGAGGCAGACAGACUCUUUGAACUCGGUUUUGGCGAACAACUCAGAGAGAUUGUAGCAAGACUGCCUUCAAGUCGACAAACUCUAUUAUUCUCAGCGACAAUGCCUAAAAUGCUUGUUGAAUUUGCAAGAGCUGGACUCACAGAUCCGGUGUUAAUCCGUUUGGAUGUGGAUUGGAAGUUACCAUCAACAUUGUGGCUGGCUUGGAUAUCUGUGAGAGCGGAGUUAAAGACAGCUGCUUUGUUGAUGUUAUUAGACCGAGUUUUAACACCAACGUCACCACAAGCGGUUGUUUUUGCUGCUACAAAACAUCAUGUAGAGUAUUUACAUUUGAUCCUACAACAAGCUGGUAUUACAUCAACAUUUGCCUACUCAGGUCUUGAUCCCUCCGCGCGUAAGAUUGCAUUGGGCAAGUUUACAAACAAGAAGUGUUCUGUACUUUUGGUAACUGAUGUAGCAGCGAGAGGUUUAGAUUUGCCCGCAUUAGACACUGUGAUUAACUACAACUUUCCUGCGAAACCUAAACUGUUUGUACAUAGAGUUGGUAGGAGUGCCCGUGCGGGUAGAGCUGGGCGUGCGUUCUCACUGAUAGCCGCUGAAGACAUCGCUCAUCUGCUGGACCUGCAACUGUUCCUGGGCGCGGAACUUUUGCCACCAGGAAAUGAGUUCGGGAACAGCUGCCCCAGUGGUGUGUGGGGAGCCAUGCCUACCGCUCAGCUGGAGCUGCGACAACAAGAUGUACUGGCAUGGGAGAAGAAUUACUCGGAAAUUGAGGAAGCGGUGCGCGUGUGUGAGCGCGGCUGGCAGCAGUACGUACGUUGGCGCGAGUCCGCCUCCGCGGAGGCCAACAGGCGCGCAAAGACCACGCCCGCGCCGGUCGCACCACAUCCAUACCUGGUGGACUGCGCCUCUGGUGAUCAGGCCGUAGAUAUGGUGGAGAAGAUCAAAAACUACAUGCCUAAAGGGACGAUAUUAGAACUGGGUGGUAAGAACGACUCACCAAUGUUCCUAGCGAUGAAGGCAAAGCGACGAGUACACGGCAAAAAAGUACAGAAAACACGCGAGAACAAAAACAAUCAGGUGGAUAAUGUAUUAGAAGACACGACCAAUGUGAAAUCAGCUAAAAUCUCUCAGAAUCAGCCAAAGAAGAAAAGGAAAGAAGUUGUUCGGGAUGAAAAUUAUAUACCACACUUUGCUAGCGAUCAACACACUGAGUCUGGUAUGGCUGUGAACUUUGCUGCCGGCGCUGGCGGGGCGGAGCUGGAGCUGGGAGCUGACAGCGGGGAGGCAGUGCGGCGACAACGCAGCCAAUUGCGCUGGGACCGCAAGCGGAAGAAGAUGGUUCACGUCGACCCUGACGGUGGUCGUAAGAUGAUCCGUACAGAGAGUGGGGGUCGAGUGCCGGCCUCUUUCCGCAGCGGUCGCUACGAAGACUGGAAGAAGAGGAACGCGCAGCAUGAUGAUGAUGAUGAUGAUGAUAAUAAUGCGCAACAGAACAGGAUGAGACCAGCAUCCGAGUUCCGUCCUCACUGGGUGAAGCACAACGAGCGCGUGGCCAAGAAGAAGUCUGAGGCGUCUUCGAAGGAGUUCCGCAACAAACAGCAGAUCGUCAAAGAGCGCCUGCGCAAGGAGAAGAUCAAACUGAAACUAAAACAUAAAAUGAAGAAUAAAAAGAAGAAAAGGAAAUGA